AUCCAACAGGAAUGACAAGUUACAAACACCUUCAUUUGUUGCUUUAUUAAGAGAUGGAGGCUGUCUGUGUUCUGCUGCUGUUACUGUUCUGCUGCAAUCUGUCUGGUGCGGAAGUUGAGAGCAGUAAUAAGGGAAACGUCACAAACGAAAGCUCUCAACACUUUGACGACAAAGUAGGAAACGACUGGAUGAAAGAGCUGAUGGAGAGUCUCGGUGAAGCGGCAGGCACCACCGGCUCCCAAUCGGACGUCUACACUGUGCUGAGAGAACUUAUUGCCAAAGUGGAAAAUCUGGAAAAGGCAGGUAAUGAGAGACCUAAGGUGGCUUUCUCAGCAUCACUCUUCCCAUCAUCUCAACACAGAGGGCCCUUUAAUAUUGACACCACCCUGAUAUUCACAAAUGUUAUCACAAACAUUGGCCAAGCUUACAACUCUGGAACAGGUGUCUUUGCUGCACCGGUGAGAGGGGUCUACUACUUCACGUUCACUUGCAAUUCUGGGACUACAGGAAAAGUGAAUGCGGCACUGUUGAAGAAUGGCCAAAAUAUGGCUGUCGUGAUUGAAAAGGGUAAUGUUGACAGCAUGGGGUCAAAUAGUGUAAUACUGCAGUUAAAUGAAGGUGAUCAUGUUAACAUUAUCCUCUGGCGUGGCAACAGCAUCUAUGACAAUGGAUACAGGAGCACAUUCACUGGUGUCCUGCUCUUUCCAAUGUGAGGAGAGCAUACCAUUUGCUUGUUGUAUCUAUAAUGAUUGUAAAGUUUUGUAGGAAUGUAUGUACAAUAAUCAAACCGUGAUGUUCGUCAUCCUUCAGGAAAUACUGCAGGUGCAUUUCUCCAACGUUUAUGCAAACAGGAUUCUGAAGGUUUUACAAAUGUAUGAUUUAUAAAGAUGCUUAAUCACCAAUACAGUAACUGGUUUAUCAGAUGUCACAGAUGCAUAGGAAUCCCCCCACUAACAUAUCCAGCACUAACUACAGUUUGCCUGAGCACACUGUACUAGAGCAUAUGUGUAAGGACCGACGCAAGCGAUGAGAAGCAGGUACGGGGAGUCAACACUCAAUCAGGAACAAACAGGUAACAGGACAGCGUCAGCACACGGUUAAACAUGGACAUAUGACAAUCAAUGCAGAAGCAGGGAACAGAGCGGGGAACCAGACAGAUAUAGGGAAGGUAAUGACAGAAGUGAUUGAGUCUAGGUGAGUCCAGUAAUCGCUGAUGCGCGUGACGUGGGGAAGGCAGGUGUGAGUAAUGAUGAUGGCAGGAGUGUGAAGUGCUGGGGAGCCUGGCGCUCGGGGGAAGAGCGGGAGCAGGCGUGACAAUAUGUUUAGUUGAUUUUUUAAACUUUUUUUUUUACUGCUUUUGUAACCAAGGAGCCUCAGAAACUGAAUGUACCAUGCAUACUGCAGCCUCACAGAAAACAGUUUUGUUCACAUAACCUGAUUUAAAAAAAUGCUUUUUGUUCUGUUCUGGAAAAUAAAGCAAAUAUAAGGAUCCAACCUA